AAAAUAAACAAAAAAAAUCAGAAAAAAUCACCACAAGCUUGAAGACGAGCAAAAUAAAAAAUAAUAAUCUAAUCGGUUUUAUUCAGCUGUUACAAUAUUUAUUGUCCUGUUAUCACUACGCGUAGAUACUAUGAAGUAAUCGCUCUAUGUAAAGUAGUAAAAUGUGCGCGCCUCAAGUGCUCGGGUAGCGCGGCGUUUGUGAAGAACUUACUGACAUUUUUCAAGCUUAAAAAAAGAUCCCUCUGCUGUGUCCCACCCUGAUCCGGUUUCAUCUCAAAGGGACGAUGCUGACGACCAAAUUCUUUUUUAUGCUGAUCCUGGUUGCUGCAGCAUUGCUUUUUUUCGUCCUAUUUCAUUGGUUUGCUGCUCAACAGCUGGGUCCGGAAGAAAAGUACCAUCAAAGUAAUGCAGUAUUCUACGAUCGCAUCCAAUCAAACCGUAAUUGGCAAACGAUGAGCCACUCGGAUGAUCCAUCGCUGCAGACCGUAAAUUUUGAUGAGCAGCUUGUCAUCAUCUACAAUCGCGUUCCGAAAACUGGUAGCACCAGCUUUGUCAAUUUGACGUACGAUCUUUGCCGGAAGAAUGCCUUUCAUGUGCUACACAUCAACAUCACGGCCAAUAUGCAUGUAAUGUCCCUACCGAAUCAGAUACGCUUUGCGCGAAACGUCACAGCAUGGAACGCCAUGAAGCCAGCUUUCUAUCACGGCCAUUUAGCCUAUCUGGACUUCGCGCGAGCGGGAGUUCCCGGGUUCAAACCGUUGUACGUAAACCUGAUUCGGAAACCGUUGGACCGAUUGGUAUCCUAUUACUAUUUUCUAAGGUAUGGGGACGAUUAUCGGCCACAUCUGGUUCGCCACAGGGCUGGAGAUACGAUGUCAUUUGACGAAUGCGUUGCCCGACAGAAACCGGACUGCGAUCCGAAUAACAUGUGGUUGCAGAUUCCGUUCUUCUGUGGCCAUGGUGCUGAAUGUUGGAAACCCGGGAGCCAAUGGGCCCUGGAAGAAGCUAAACGCAAUCUUAUCAACGAGUACUUCCUCGUUGGUGUUACUGAAGAGAUGGAGGAGUUUGUCGAACUUUUGGAGCUGGCCUUGCCUAGGUUCUUUCGCGGGGCAUCGGCUCAUUUUGCCAAUUCCAACAAGUCGCACCUAAGGAAAACGAAAUCGAAGAUAGAUCCGUUGCCGGAAACGGUGAAAAAGAUCCAGCAAUCGAUCGUGUGGCAGAUGGAAAACGAACUGUACGAGUUUGCCCUGGAACAGUUUCACUUCGUUCAGAAGAAACUUCGAACGCCAGGUAAGUCAACGUUGCAGGAUUUUUUCUAUGAAAAAAUUAAACCUAAUCAAAUCGUGCCCGCCGCAGCUGGCACAAACUAAUUGAGUAGACAAUUUAGGUAUGUACCUUCUUAAGGUUGGGAUUCUCAACAACACGAGGGAAGGGGAGAACAGGGACGGUGGUCUGAUAAUAAUCUCAGUCAGGAAACGCAUUUCGGUGAGGAAGGAUCGAACUCGACUGUAGUAACAUAGCGCUGUUGAUUAGUUUUAAAAGUUUCGGUUAUAUAUGUGUACUUUCAGGGUAGUAAAUUUUAGGUUAAUAGAAAAAACAAAACAUUAAUUGUUUUUUUCGAAUUGUGAACUUUCUCUGUAAUGUUAAAAUUUUAGACAAAUUCAUUCCAGAAAACAAACCACUAAACGUACGAGGAAAAUCUUAAUAUUAUUUUUUUUAUAUAGACAAGCAACAGCUACACCAUUCAAAGAAAAAAACCUAAUACGUAUGCUAAUUUAUCAACAUUUAUAAUUUCACAUACUUAUCGAGUUCCACUAGUUGACUCAAUCAAAAACCAUUAACAACUUUCAAGAAAGACAUUUU